GAAAGCAGGAUCUCAUUUCAAAGUCAAAAGAAUUCGCUAAUGUACUUAAAUGCGCACAAUCCUUAAUCGAAAUUGACAAUAACGAAUCAAAUAUUCCCUCACCUAGUUCUGAAACUAUUGAACUCUAUCUAAAAUGCUUUGACCUCGUAUUUACGAGAGCAUCUACGAUUCUUAAUAAUUCAUCCUACUUUUCUAACACUAUAAACUUAAUUCCGUAUUUUGAUCUCUUUAACCACAAAGAUGAACAACACACUUAUGUCAAAAUCUCAAACGAAAAUGAAAAUGAAAACUCUCAAUUUGACCUUUUAAUCACCCCGCUUCUAGGUAAACAAAUUACGCUUACUAAAAACACACAAAUAUUUCUCAGCUAUAAUGAAUCUGAAGAUUAUC